GAAGAUGAAUAUAUAUAAAAAAUAAAUAGGGAGAGAGAGAGAGAGAGAGUGAGAGAGAGAGAUGGAUCCAGACACAGUGGCGAAGGCAUUCGUGGAGCACUACUACUCCACCUUCGAUAACAACCGCCCAGGAUUAGCGAACCUCUAUCAAGAAGGUUCUAUGCUCACCUUCGAAGGCCAGAAGAUCCAAGGCGCUUCCAACAUCGUUGCCAAACUCACUUCGCUUCCUUUCCAACAAUCGCAUCACUCCAUCUCCACGGUCGAUUGUCAACCCUCCGGCGUCAACGCCGGCAUGCUUGUCUUCGUCAGUGGCAAUCUCCAACUCGCCGGCGAACAGCACGCUCUCAAGUUCAGCCAGAUGUUCCAUUUGAUACCAACACCGCAGGGAAGCUAUUAUGUGUUGAAUGACAUAUUCCGUUUGAACUAUGCAUGAAGAUAGACCAUCAAAUAUGUGACCUGAAAGGCCAAAGAAGUUUACCUAUAGCUGUUUCACAGUUUCUGAUUGGACAUUUGAAAUUGAAAAAUGGGUUCUUUUUGGAUGGUUGUGUUGAACGCUUAAUUGUGCCUUUUGUGUAAGAAUUUUGUGUUUGACUGGUUAAAAAAAGCCUUCAAGGAUAAAUUGUUAAAAGAUUACCGGUUAUUGGAGAUUAAAAACUUCAUGGAUCCAAGCAACUUGAUCCAGUUACCUCUACAAAUUAGUUUAUGCUGCUUAUCAUAAUAUUUACUUUGUAUUUGGUUGCGAAUGAAGGUUUGUUUUGUUCUCUUAAGAUCAGCAAGACUAAGCUUGCAAUGGAUUGACUGUUCUGAGCUGCACAAGGAACAAGUUUCAUUUUCGUUCAGUAUUUAACACUAUGCUGUCUUUCUUGGUCACCUCUCCCCGGGAAAACGAUAUUAACUGUAGAUUUGCUAUGUAACGAUUCUGGUUAGAAUGGGGACUAAAGGGUAAUAAUUAUAUUGACUUUGCUAGCAUAAUAACAUAUAAUUGCAAAAUAGUCAUUUACUUGAGGUUCAGGGAGGUUUCGUUGUGAUUUUGAGAAAUUAAGUUGAACUCUGAGUGAUUUUUAAGU